AUGCUGCCGCGCUCUGCGCUUCUCCUUGUCGCGUCGCUUUUGGCCGCUCUGCCAGUCAAUGCCGAUGGGCUCUAUACUAAGAAAUCCCCCGUUCUUCAGAUCGAUCAGAAGAGCUACAACCAGCUGAUUGCGAACUCAAACUACACCUCCAUUGUCGAAUUUUAUGCGCCUUGGUGUGGCCAUUGCCAAAACCUGAAACCCGCCUACGAGAAAGCAGCGAAGAAUCUGGACGGGCUGGCGAAGGUUGCCGCCAUCAAUUGCGACGACGAUGCGAACAAGCCGUUUUGUGGACAAAUGGGAGUUCAGGGCUUCCCGACCCUAAAGAUUGUGACCCCAUCCAAGAAAGCCGGAAAACCAAGAGUCGAGGACUACCAAGGCCCUAGGACCGCCAAAGGAAUUGUCGAUGCGGUGGCAGAGAGAAUCCCGAACCAUGUGAAGAGGGUGACAGACAAGAACCUGGAUGAAUGGCUCUCUGAGGACGCGGAAGUACCAAAAGCCCUCCUUUUCACCGAGAAGGGCACAACGAGCUCCCUGAUUCGCGCCCUCGCUAUCGACUUCUUGGGUAGCAUCAAGGUCGCUCAAAUUCGCAACAAGGAAUCGAACGCCGUGGAAAAGUUUGGUGUCACGGAGUUCCCCACCUUGGUUUUGCUACCUGGAAACGGAAAAGAGCAUAUUCUGUUCGACGGCGAACUCAAGAAAGGUCCGAUGGUCGAUUUUCUGAGCCAAGUGGCGCCUCCAAACGCUGAUCCCGCUCCCGCCCCCGAAAAAGCAAAGAGCAAGAAGCCAAGCGCAUCCGAAAAGAAGCCAAAAUCAGACGAACCUUCUGAGCCCGAAGACUCUACUGCAGAAGCCAAGCCUUCCGUCCCAGUCCAAGCACCCGCCCCCGCUCCCGCUAUUGACACCCUCGAAACCUCCGAGGCCCUGGAGGCAGCCUGCCUCGCGCCAAAGUCUGGCACUUGUGUUCUCGCUCUCUUGCCAGAGUCUGAUGCGGAGCCCACUCAGCCCGCCAAGGAGGCACUCGAAACUCUAGCGGAGAUUGCGCAUAAGCACGCUCGAAAACAAACCAAACUCUUCCCGUUGUACAGUAUCCCUGCAUCAAACACCGCGGCCAAAGCUCUCAGGGCUGGACUCGGCUUGCCUGAGGAUGCGCAGUCAGUCGAGGUUGUCGCGUUGAACGCACGAAGGGGAUGGUGGAGACACUAUGACCCCUCGGAUAGUGCGGACUUUGGCCCAGUACGCGUAGAAGCAUGGAUUGAUGCUAUUCGUCUGGGCGAAGGGUCUCGAAACAAGCUCCCAGAGGGCAUUGUGGUCACGGUGGACGAGCCUGCAAAGCAAACUGACCAUGACGAACUGUAA